AUGAUGAUGUGGAAGCGCAGAUCAUCUGUUUCAAAGUCCCUCUCUAUCCAGUUGUUGGAGCCCAUCGUUUUCAUCGGCUCUAAUUUGGAGACAUCGCCUGUUGUUCGGGGAACUGUCAAUGUUGAUUUUCAAAAGAGCUGUAUCAUCGAGAAGCUUCAGCUCAAGUUCGAAGGCCUGAUGAAGACACAGUGGACACAAGGCGAGAAACCCAGACGACAUCAACAAAACAUUGCAGACAGCCAUCUUCAGCUGUACCCGACACCUGAGUCGGCCUUAUCACUACCUCUUUUGCUGAACUCUGGAUCAACGCGGUUCUCCUUUGAAAUGCCUCUGCCUGCAGGUAUUCCCGAAACAAUCAGCUGUUCUCAAGUCAAUGUAGACUACAACAUCACAGUGUCAUUAGACUACAAAAAAGACGGCGCAUCUCAAAUGCAUGAGGAAAUCAAAAAGCCGAUUGUAUUAGCCCGAUUACCUGACACAGGCAUGGUAGCAGGCGAAAACUAUCCAGCUACCAUUGAUUCACACAAACACUUUUCAAACUGGUGUCAGUAUCGCAUCACUAUCGACACAAAAACAGCUGUGCUUGGAUCAAAAUUGCCGGUCAAGAUCGAGAUUGCACCCACUGUUAAGGAUAUGAGAUUGAAACAAGUAUUCUUGCAAUUGGUUGAAAGGCGUACGAUUACUCCUACCGUAGACAAUGUCGAUCGCACCAGCCAAUCUGUUCAUUUCCUGUAUCCUGCCAAGGGCCAUAUACUCACACUGCCUAACCGACCUCUGAGUCAAAAUUGGCAAGGCAGCUGCCUCUAUCAGAUCCCUGAUGACAACUCGGUAUCACAUUCCACUCAGAAAUACAAUCACUUUGGCGUGAGUCAUCUUUUGCUAGUGUCUCUCUUGGUAUCGAUUCCCGAUGGCACUAGUCCAAAUAGCCGAUUCACUACGAGAACAAUCUCCUUCCAAACUUACAUCGAUCUGCUGGACAAGCGUGUGGCCCAACUCGGGGAUCGUGAAUUCACAAAAUUGCCCAGCUACGAUUGCCCCGUCUCCAUGGAAGAAAUCGAAGCUUUGAAGAGACAUGGCCUUGGUUUGGAGUGUCCUCCAACAUACGAAGAAUCUUUAUUAGCCAUCUAG